AUAUCGACAACUGACAACAUAAGUAAAUUGAGGUUAUGUUGUUCUAUGCGGUAAUCUUUCAUUAAUAUACAUUAAUAUGAAAUUGUGGUACUGCCUUUAACCUAUAUAAUCCGAUACAUCUUAGCGGACAGUAAAAUACCAAAAUGGCUUUAAUAAAAUCGAAGGAUAUUCCAGAAGAUGCAGUUGUUCUAACCGAAAUUGAAGCUACUACGUAUAUUUGGGAUAUAGUAAGCAAUUGGAAAACUUUUUCAGAUACAUGGGCGCUUAGAUACUCACCGGCUAUUCUUGGAGCAAUAAACGGCGUGUGUGGUCUCUUAAUAAAUAACCAUUUCCGACAUAAGCUGAAGCUUGGUACUUAUGGAUAUUUUGCAUCAGUGAUACCUAUAACCGUUAUGCCAGGAGUACUCACAGCUUUAUUCCACAGGCAUAUAAUAUCAACAGAUAUGUUACUAAUGAAGUUAGAUGCAUGUCCAAUAUGUUACGAGGUUCGAUCUGGUGUGACACAAGUAGCACUGGGAACCGCAUAUCCAUUGCUGCUUGCACCAACAUGCGCUCUUAUGCUUGCCAGUCGAUAUGGCACCUACCGAGUGCCAGACCUCAUUGAAGGCCCAAAAGCCAUAUUUAACUUUUUGAGGAUCAAAACUAGACCCUUCAAUGCAACUUUAACAUACAUGAUAGCAAUACAAAUGAUAGCCUCAUCAAUCUUAACUUAUUACGAAAUGAGGAAUACAUUUACACUAAAGAGAAAACUAAUGGAAAUUGAAAAAAAGGUCAUGGAAGAAAACGGAAUGGUCUAG